AUGUCAACGCCGACACAGCAACCGCAGCAACAGCAGCAGUCUGCACCGACAUCACCUUUGCCAUUAUCAGGCAAUAAUAAUAAUGGUGCUCAACAACAACAACAUCAACAACAGGGAGUAGCAACUCCACCUUCGACACCAGAGCCCAUCUAUAACUUGGUAAACAAAUGUUUGAAUAAGUUGGUGGCCGAUAGUAGUAAGCGACAACAACAGAUUAAGGAGGAGAUUAGAAAUAUAUUAGAGACACUCAAGGCUCAUCCCAACCUGUUGACAUCAGGCAGCAGUGAUGUAGCAAUCAAAAGUCAACACUGGAUCACAGUAGUUGGUCAACUGGCCACCAUCUUUCGUCUCUCAUUCGAAGCCUACAACAACAACACCAAGCUAAUACUACCCGCUCUUGAGAUCACAGAGAAAUUGAUAUCAUCAAACUAUAUCACAUCGACUAUGCUCGAUGAGAAUAAGAAGCCAUUGAUUGACAGGUUCCUCGAGGCUACACUGUUACAUUGUGUCGAUCUUGUUGGCGAUGAUAUGGCAUUAUUGCAGGUGAUCAAGUUGGUGACACUGACUGCGAGCAAGUAUCACAAGUACACUCUGGUACUCUCGUUCAAGACUAUGUUCUAUAUCUACGUGCACUCGAAGCCAUUCUCCAACUUGUCCAACGCCACCAAGACUGCGAUCACACAGUUACUCAACCGUCUGUUCAAACAGUUCUCCAAUCAGAAGUAUCUGGCAUCGCUGACGUCGGGUUCAUCGUCGGCGGCAGGUCGUCAUCUGAACGUCCACAGCAGGUCAACGUCGGGCAGCACCAGCGAGUCAUCUACACCAUCGUCAACAUCCACAUCCAACACACCAGAUCUCAUUGGCGGCACAGUAGUUUCAAUCCAACUGCCUGCGGAGCUUCAAUCACCUCCCACUCUCCCAUUCAUCUCAUCAAAUCCCCACGAGCAAGUAGCCGACAUCAUUGACGAUUUGAUCGAGAAGGUUGUUCAAGACGAGUCGGCAACAGACAAGGAUAGUGCCACAUCAUCUGGCGACUCCAACAGCAACAACAACAGUAAUGGCAAUGGCAACCUCAAUGGCAAUGGAGACCUCAAUGGACCAACACAUACCAACUCUCCACAAAAGGUCAUACAUCCAACAGUGUCUCUGCCAGUUGUAUUCGACAAUGAGAAGGAGGAGUACGACAUCUCUCUAAGGGAUGCCGUGCUCGUCUUCAGACUCCUCUGCGAGCUGUCACUAAGAGAGAUCAAUGACUAUGACUCACCAGAGUUCAGAAUCAAGACAUUCUCAUUGGAGUUGGUGUCAUCGAUCUUUGAGGAGUAUGGCAAGUACUUAAAGAACUUCCCAAGUAUUAUCAACUAUGAGAUACGCGAGGGAUUGUACCCAUCGAUAUUGGCCGCAGCGGCAUCAAAUGGUCAUAUAUCAAUAUUCAAACAAUCGUUGGUGUUGUUCAUGUACAUCGCGCUGCACUAUAGAGAGUAUCUAAAGGAUGAGGUUGGAGAGUUCUUCUCACUGAUCAUACUACGUGUGUUGGAGAACAACUCUAGCUCCAUUCAGCAGCGAUGGAUGGCACUACAAGUGAUGUCACACGUCUGCAAGAACUCGCAGAUCCUUAUAGACCUCUAUGUAAAUUAUGAUUGUAGUCUAGGCAGCAAGGACAUCUUCCAGAGAAUGGUUGAGGAUUUAUCAAAGAUUGCUCAGACUGUUGUGAAUGAUAGCAAGCCUUAUGAGAUCAAGGUGAAGAAUGCUGGAUUGGACUGCUUGGUAUCAUUGUUGAAGGCAUUGGAUGAUGGCCUCACAAGUAAGAAGGAGGCCUUGCAAGCGUGGACAAACAAACAUAUAACAGAGACACAGUUUACAAAGGCCAAGGAACUCAAGCUCAAGAUAGAGGAGGGCAAGGCAAAGUACAAGAUGUCGCCCAAGCGUGGCGUGGAGUUCUUUAUCAAGAUUGGAGUCACUCAGCGCGAGCCAGCGGCAUUGGCCAAGUUCUUGCUGGACACCGAUGGUCUGGACAAGACGUCCACAGGUGUCUACAUCUCGGAGCGCGAGGAGUUCAACGCCUCGCUGCUCCAAGCCUACGUGUCACUGUUCUGCUUCACAGGCUACCAGCUGGACGGCGCACUCAGAUACUUCCUCUCCAAGUUCAAGCUGGCGGGUGAGGCACAAAAGAUCGAUCGUGUGAUGGAGGCCUUCUCCAAGAAGUUCUUUUCAGACAACAAGGACUCACCGGGCUUUGAGUUCCUCAACUCGGACGCCGCCUACAUCCUGUCGUUCGCGAUCGUCAUGCUCAACAGUGACCUGCACUCCACAUCGAUCAAGACUCACAUGACCAAGGCUGAGUUCAUUCGCAACAAUGCAGGCAUCAAUGACAAGCGCAGCUUUGAGGACCACUUCCUCAACUCAAUCUACGAUCGCAUUUCCAAGGAGCAGCUUCGUCUACAAGAAGACGACGACAUCUCCGAGUUGCCACGUCUGCACACUCAGGUGGCCUUCACAAUGGAGGACCCCAGCAAGCUGGUCGUCGACACACGCGAUCUCUACCACCAUGGUGUUCUUGUCGAGCAGCUCAAGACCAUGCUGUCGGCCGUCUGGCAUCCGAUCCUGGUCAGCCUGAGUCUGGUGCUGGAGAACACCGAAGAUUCAAAGAUCGUGCAGGUCUGUUUGGAAGGCUUCCGAUGCGCUGUGAACCUGACCUCACUGCUGACAAUGGCCAUCGAGAAGGAGGCAUUCGUCUCGGCGUUGGCCAACUUUACAAACAUGGACAAGCUCAAGGAGUUGAAGCAGAAGAACAUUGAGUGCUUGGAGAAGUUGAUUCAGAUCGCGCGAGCCGAUGGCAACUACCUGCAAAAGUCGUGGCUGCCCGUGCUCAAGUCCAUCUCACUGCUGGAACGUCUGCGCAACCAGUACCUGGGCGUCAACAACCCGAACCCAGACUCGGAGAAGAACAUGCGCAAGAGCAUAUCGACGUCGGACUUCUUCCGUCUGCAGCCCCAGAAGAUGCCAUUCAUCGCCGAGGGCAUCACAGUGGACAACAUCGCCAAGGAGUUAGAUUUUGCCAACAAUCUCUAUUCAAACAGCACAUCUCUCACCAACGAGGCCAUCGUGUUCUUUGUCGAAGCACUGACAGCCGUGUCCAACGAGGAGAUCAAAUCGUCGACGCCAACAUUCUCGCUUCUCAAGUUGGUCGAGGUCGCUGUCUACAACUCCAGCCGCAUCCGUCUGAUAUGGCAGCCGAUCGCCGACCACUUCACGAGGGUGGGCUCGAUGCCCGAGAACGUCUACAUCUCUACGCUGGUCAUCGACUCGCUCAAACAGAUGGCGCAAAAGUUCAUCGAUCUCGAGGACGUCAGCAAGGAGGCCACGCAGAAGGACUUCUUGCGUCCGCUCGAGCUGAUCUUCUCGGCCAACGCGCACCACGAUGUACGAGAGCUCAUCCUCAAGUGCAUUUUCCAGCUGACCAACGGACGAUACGCGAUGAUCAAGUCGGGCUGGAAGCCCAUCUUUACAAUCUUCACGCUGAGCAGCUUUGCCGAGGUGCAGAUCGCGUCGCAGGCCUUUGAGUUUGUCGACGAGCUCAUUCGCGACUUCACGUACAUUACCGAGACAUUCUUCAUCGACUAUGUCAACUGUCUAUCCAGCUACGCCAACUCCAAGCACAUCGAUCUCAGCUUCAAGGCCAUCGACAUCCUCAGCUACUGCGGCGUGCAGCUUGCCAAUGGACGUGUGUGUCAGCUGGCCCGUGUCGAGGGUGCCGAAGGCGGCAACUCAACACUGUUCACAGACUCUGAGCAACACAUCUCCCUCUGGUUCCCACUGCUCACUGGUCUGGCUCGCGUCAUCUCACAUCACAAUGACGACAUGCGCAGCUAUGCACUCGACACGCUGUUCCGUGUUCUGGCACUGUUUGGCUCGACGUUCUCGCCCAAGCUUUGGGAGCUCAUCUUCCGCGGCGUCCUCCUGCCCGUCUUUGACAACGUGGGAUACUCAAAGGGCGCCACCGAGGUCGUGCUCGAGGACACCGAGUGGCUUGUGCGCACUGGUGACCGCGCUUUCAAAUCGCUCACCGAGAUGUUUAUCAACUUUAUCGACAUCAUUUGUUUCCUCCUCGAUGACAUGUUGGACCUUUUUGUGAACUGCAUCCUGCAAGACAAUGAGCUGCUGGCCAAGACUGCCGGCACAUUCCUCAUUCAACUGGUCACGCACAAUGGCAACAAGUUCACCAGUGCACAGUGGUCCAGCGUUUGUCAACAGCUGCACAAGAUCUUUGAGACCAACACACCCCUGGAGAUAUUCGAUCAGAGUGCACUGUUGAUCAUCUCUCCGCCAACAUCUGUCGUUGUCACUGUUUCCAGCACACCUUCCGCAAUGAUGUCACCAGCCAGCAUUGUUCCAGAGUCACCUCAGAAGCCUAAGCAGGCCCCUCUGCAACAGCAGCAAUCACAGUUGAAGAUGUUUGACAAACCACCAUCAGCAUCAGCACCAAUCUCUCCAUUGAUGAAUGGAACUGACAGAAACUCAUCACUCACAUCCAACAACACAAACAACGCUGCUGCCGAGACAAGACAACAAGCAACAUCGCUGCCCGCCUCUCCCCUGUCACUCUCCCCAGCCAUCUCAAGGACACACUCUGCCGAGAACAUGUCCUCAUUGGACCCAACAGACUCAGCCCAUAGCAACCACAAUGAUAUAUCAGCCCAAUCGCCAUCCACAACACAACAGGCACCAACAGCAGUAUCUAAUCACAGCCGCUCAUACUCCUCGCCAAUAAUCUCCUCACUGAUCGAACAAAAGCAUCUCAAGAAGCAGCACAAGAGAUCAUCGAGUUGGAACAAUGCCCACCACGACCUGCUCAAGACCAUUCAGUCAAAGUGCUCGGUGCAGCUUCAGAUGGUACAGGCGAUCAAUGACAUCACAUCGACACACUACGAGCGACUGAAUAGCUCUCAACUACUAUGUCUAUGCGACUGCCUCGACAUCUCCUAUCACUUCUCUCAGAGCGUUUUCCAGGACGAACAGCUUAAGCCAGUAGUGCCCAGGAUUGGCAUCAUCCUCAAGGUUCUCCAGCACAGCACCAUCAUUGGCUACCUCAACCUCCUCAUCAUCCUGUAUACAGAGCAGUCCAUCGAUUCAUCCACUCGAACCAUGCACUCAGAGUAUCGCUUAGUCACCCUGUUCCAAGACCUUGUCAACACAUUCAUUACAAACAAUCAUGGAGAGAUUGUACAGACAGAGACAGUGAUCAGGAUACUCAAGGCCAUUCUUCAGUUCAACGACGAUAAGUUCCUGAAGAACAUUAGUAUCUUUUAUGACAAGUUUAUUCAGUUGCUACUGAAUGAUGAUAAGGACAUCAGAGUGGCACUUAGAGAUAUACUGUUGAGAGUUGGUACACUUAGAGGCACGAUCGCCUCUGUCCCUGCCACUACCAACAAUGCUACAGCUACUGCUACAGCUACUGCUACACACAUGGUCAAGUAA